AUGCUUUCAGCUGCUGGUGUUGUUAGCGUUGGCAUUCCUUCACCUGUUGCAGUUAUUAAUAUGGGCAUACCUUCACCUGUUGAUGUUGUUAGUAUGGGCAUACCUGCACCUGCUGGUGUUGAUAGUAUGGGCAUACCUUCACCUGUUGAUGUUGUCGGGCUGACCCUCCUGUUCACUCCUCGCCCACCUCCAGAGAGACUGGCCACUCCUCGCCCACCUCCAGAGAGACUGGGCACUCCACGCCCACCUCCAGAGAGACUGGCCACUCCUCGCCCACCUCCAGAGAGACUGGGCACUCCACGCCCACCUCCAGAGAGACUGGCCACUCCACGCCCACCUCCAGAGAGACUGGCCACUCCACGCCCAACCUCCAGAGAGACUGGCCACUCCACGCCCACCUCCAGAGAGACUGGCCACUCCUCGCCCACCUCCAGAGAGACUGACCACUCCUCGCCCACCUCCAGAGAGACUGGCCACUCCUCGCCCACCUCCAGAGAGACUGGCCACUCCUCGCCCACCUCCAGAGAGACUGACCACUCCUCGCCCACCUCCAGAGAGACUGGCCACUCCUCGCCCACCUCCAGAGAGACUGGCCACUCCUCGCCCACCUCCAGAGAGACUGGCCACUCCUCGCCCACCUCCAGAGAGACUGGCCACACGCACCACGCCUGUGGCCCCUCCCCCUCACUCUCUAACACAAGAUGUGUUUAA